AUGUCCAGUACAAGAAGUGGCAGCACAGACACAGACCAGGACACUCUUGUGGAGAGCAAACAAUGGAGAAAACUCCUUCCCUACCUCUUUUCAAUCACCCUACCACGCAUCAAGGUACGCCAGUCGGUUAAGGAAGACGGAACAACAAAAGAUACAAACCUUCUGCUCAUAACACGAAGCGACGGCAUCCAUAAGAUUGGAUAUCUUCCAAAUGUCGACAAAGACAUUCGUCUUCCUGAUGGGUCAGAAGCACGCAAAGCCUACCUGUGCAAGUUGGGGAGCAUACUUGCUGCCAAAGCUGGCAUCUCGAGUGGCGGAAACAAAAUCUAUGAUGGUUUUUGGGACGCGGUACCAGAGGUUCUUUUCGGGUACGAGAUAUUUGAACGAGUAAGAGGCAAGGUUGCACGCAACAAAGCAAGCGACCUGUAUGUGGUCGGCCAUCCCAUGGAAUCUGGUUCUGAAGCUCUCUUUCGGACACCAGAGGAGUUUGCUCAGCACUUGUUGUGGCUGGCUGAAGGCGAUAAGAAGAAGGACUGCCUAUGUGUACUAUGCACAAAGGAGAGGAAGAGGAAGACCAAGCAUGCAACAUCCGAGAACACAGAAGAAGUGGUGGAGAGCUGGAGGCGAGACUGCAAUGAUCGAGCGCAGUCGUAUCUGAGCUCGACAAGUUUGGGGGGCUUCUGGGGUGAUUUGCCAGAGCUGAGCGAAUGA